CACGCGCUUGCUACGCUGCGUUGUGACUGGUCUGCCGGGUAGUCCAAACGGCUGCCCUUGCAGGUGGAUUUAGGAGGCGUGUUGUCAGGGCAACUCCCCAAACAACAAAGAACUCCCGAAACGGGGAAACAAAGGACGUCACCUUGAAUUUACCUGCAUCAUCAACCAACUUCGACCACGACACUCGAUAAUUCCUCGACACAAGCAUAAAGAAAAAAGGAAGGUAAGAAAUUUCGUUAGAGAAAAGAAGUUUCGCUCUUUGCUUUCUUUUUUGAAUUAUUCUUGAGGAAUUUGCACUACUUUCUUCAUUGAUCGAGCGUCGAGUUUCCUCUUAUUUGUUUUAUUUUGUUUAUCAUUCUGUCUCUGACGACAUAUUACCCGACCACGACCCGUUUUUGGCAACAAUACAAAGUACUGAAUACUACUGCAACAAUAAAUACACCAUCUACGAUACCCGGCAAUUACAAAAAAGGGACACAAAAAAGAGCAGAGUCUAGGAGCAACUGUGACUCGAAGCGCAAGAAAGGCAGAAAACUGAUCUGCUCUGGCUGAUUCGUUACCAAAGCUUGGCACUGCGAAUUCUUAUUCAUCAUGGCGGAUAAUGGACAGUCCUCGAUCACUGUUGCAGUACGCGUACGGCCAUUCACACUCAGGGAGGCGGCUCAAAUACAUAGAACAGACGACAGCACAUUGUUUCUUGGAGACGCUUCCUUGGCUGGCGCUCCUCCGCCACCGAAGCUACACCAAAGAGGUAUCCGCAAUGUGAUCAAAGUAAUGGACGAGCGCUGUCUCGUAUUCGACCCCCCUGAAGAUAACCCUGUUCACAAAUUCUCCCGAUCUGUUGUUCCUGCCUCCCGUAGCAAGGUAAAGGACCAGGUCUUCGCCUUUGACCGCGUCUUUGACAGCAACACAACACAAUCCGAUGUUUACGAAGGCACAACAAAAGCUCUUCUGGACAGCGUUCUCGAUGGAUAUAAUGCAACUGUUUUCGCUUACGGCGCUACUGGGUGCGGCAAAACCCACACGAUUACCGGCACAGCGCAACAGCCGGGGAUCAUUUUCCUUACCAUGCAAGAGCUCUUCGAGAAGAUUGAAGAACGAAGUCAAGAAAAAUCCACUGAACUGAGCCUGAGCUAUCUUGAAAUCUACAAUGAGACGAUUCGCGACUUGCUUGUACCUGGCGGGAGCAAGGUCGGCCUCGCGCUCCGUGAAGAUAGCAACCAGGCUGUUUCAGUCUCCGGUCUCAGCAGUCAUCAUCCCAAGGACGUGCAAGAAGUGAUGGACAUGAUUGUUCAGGGCAACGAGUAUCGAACCGUCUCUCCUACAGAAGCCAACGCUACAUCUUCAAGAUCGCACGCUGUUUUGCAAAUCAACAUUGCCCAAAAGGACCGCAACGCCAGCGUCAAUGAGCCCCAUACAAUGGCUACCUUGAGCAUUAUCGAUUUGGCUGGCUCUGAGCGUGCAUCCGUGACGAAGAACCGUGGUGAACGUUUGACAGAGGGUGCCAACAUCAACAAGUCGCUCCUAGCUCUUGGUAGCUGUAUUAAUGCUCUUUGUGACCGCCGCCAAAGGGCACACGUUCCUUAUAGAAACAGCAAGCUUACACGCCUACUCAAGUUUUCGCUUGGUGGCAAUUGUAAGACGGUCAUGAUUGUGUGCGUUUCACCCUCCAGCGCGCACUUUGACGAAUCCCAAAACACCCUGCGGUACGCUAACCGCGCGAAGAACAUCCAGACCAAGGUCACGCGUAAUGUCUUUAAUGUUAAUCGCCAUGUCAAGGACUUCUUGGUCAAGAUUAAUGAACAGAUGGCGCUCAUUAAUGAACUGAAAGCGCAGCAAAAGGAUUCUGAGAAGAUCUUUUUUGUCAAGUUCCAGAAGCAGCACGAGAAGCGAGAUGCAACUGCGAGAGAAGGCAUCCAGCGCCUCCGCGCGGCAUACGACAACUGUGCAGCUGAGCGUCAAGAGCGUAUCAACAUCAUGAAGAAGCUCAAGGUUUUUGAGCGUCGUAUUGCCAUGCUUGCUGCCUGGAUUGCAGCCUUUGACACUGUCUGCGAACAGCGCGGCAACGAAGAAGGCAGCAUGCCCCAAAAUCUGAGCGCGGUUCGCAAGACUGCUAACGGCAUCUUGAUUGAGCUGGAGGCCAGCCGACAUCAUAUUCACCAGAAGCUCGACAAAUCUACCUGGGAGCACCAUAUCGACACUGCUCUAAGCCAUAGCGUGAAGCAGCUUGAGGGUAUGGAAGGAGCGGAUACCGGCGAGACUAAUACUCUUAACCGUGAGGCCGAGCUCCUCAAGGCUAACUUUACUCGGGAGUCGUACCGCGAGGUUCUGGAGCAAGAAAAGUUUGGAGACGCCAGCAUGAUGCAAACUCUUUUGACUGCGCAGUUUGAGAUGCUGGCUUCCAUGGCAGACACUCUGACUAUGGAUGAAACUAGUGCUGUUGCCCGAGCUAAGCAGAUCAUCAACAAGUUGCUACAGGUGGGGUUUGAUGCUGCCUCACAAGUCGUCAAGCCAGCUGGAGGACAAUCUACUGGCGAAUCCUUUUCGACUUCGUUUUCUUCGUCUAUGCGAGUCGCUCCCAAGCGCAAGACAUCUUCUAUCAAUCCAGCUGUUGCUCCGGCUGCCUCCAAGACUAUUGAGGCACCGGCCCUUGAACUUGUGCAGGAGCAUAUUAUGAUGAGCCCUUUGAAGGCAUCGCCUAGACGGCGCAAGGUCUUGGGCACAGCCAAGAAGGGUGUUGUUUUCACUCCUGUGAAGAAGACAAAGCAACAGCGCGGAGUCCGCUGGAGAGAUGAUGAAGAGGAGGAUGGUACGCUGGCUGACUUCGAAAAGACGCCACAGAUGCACAAGAUGGGCGGCAUCUUUGACAGCCCUGUGAACGACAAGCGUGGUCAAGUGUCUUCCCCAUUCCCCAAGGCUGCUGCUCCCCGACCCGACGAGGAGGAAUCUUUCCUGGAGGAGUCCACGCUGGUCUUGGAGCCUGCCCCCGAUGCUGCUACCCUGGCUGGUGCCAAAUCGGGCCGCUUCCAGGCCGGGUUCCUAUCCAAACCCCGAGCGUCUCCUACGGGCAGCUCUCCAAGCAUGCUGUCGCCUCCCAAAUUUAGCCUAAACCUCUCUUCGACUACGGAUUCCAGCACCACGUCGCCUCUUCGAUCGCUAGAUGUUAAGCAAACUGGAAAUAUGUCGCCACCUCCCAUUCCACGCAGUGCGGCUGCACCUCACACUUCGCUUGAGACAAUUUUGGAUGAGAACUGUCCGCCAAUGUCAGGAUCCGGUUCUGGAUCCGACUCAGAGUCGAACGGUGUUGACCAGAAGAAGCUUCGCAGUGCGAUGCAUUCGGCUAAGAAGGAGACUACUCGUAGAGCAAGCGCGCUUACUUUAACAGCGUCCAAUGGGCGCCGUGUUUCUUCUGCCGGAGUUGCUGGUGACCGAGCUAGCCGUCCGAGCAUGCCGACUACUCUAGCUAGCAGCACAAGCGGAAUUUCGCGUCACCGUCGAGGCAGCCUGGACCGCAAGAAGAGCCCGAUGGUCUGCUCGCCAGCGGACUUGAGGAAGCCUGGCUCCCUGACAGCUAGCCAAGCCCGUCGUAUGAACUUGUCAGCGGCAGCCAAGGGCAAUGCGGCUGAUGGGAGCCCUUCUGAAGCUGGCGGUCCACGCCGUGUUACGGUCAGUGUUGGAAGCACGAUGUUGAAGCGUCAGGAGAGCCGUGGGACUAUGCGAUGAUGUAGACGGUGGUGUGGUGCUAUGAAAAACUAAACUAAUGUCCGUCGUUGCUGUUGUGUAUAUUGGGGUUGAUGGCUGAAGCCGCUGUUUGACAUUGCAUUUGGAUUAUAGCUCCUUGACUGAGCUUGUAUUUUAUUCUUUACUAGAUUGGCUUGCCACUGUGCAACGCUGUUUAUGAGCAAUUGACUGAUGAUACUUUUAUGG